GCCCCCAGGAGUGGUAUCCGAGCGCGGAGAAGCCUUUGGGUCGCGCACAACAUUGACUCGCAGCGAUGAUUUUGACUUGGCGGGAUUGCAUCGUUAUGAUCAUGCGUCCUCUGUCCAUGUCGAAAGCGGUAUGGAAGCGGAUCUUCCCCGCCGUGCCCCGCUAUAGCACAACGCCCGGCGCGUGGUGCAUGAUGCUCUCUACGCGGACCCUGCCUCUGGAGGGUCGUCGCCUGGACUGCUCCGCCUUCUAUGCUGUAGUCGGCGCCGCGGUCUCCAUCCGGCCGUCUUCUCUGCGGAGCUCGUCUUGAUUCUAGCUGUGUCCCCGUCGUCCGGCCUUCGCAUUCCUGCACGAGUCUGUCUGGUCGCUCGCUCACACGUAUGGUCAACGCACACUCGGCGUCCUACGCCCUCGGCUGAGCUUCCCCACAAGAUAAAGGUCCAUGCCACCGCGGCCACGUCAGACUCGCCAUUUUCGAUUGCCGCCUUCGCCGUGGCCAUUCGCGACACGGCACGAAGAUCCCCGACUCCUGCCUCACGCGUACACCGCUUCCAUCUGUUGUCUACAC